CUCAAAACUCUCAAAGGCUCAAAAAGCUCUCUCCUUUUGUUCUUCUGGUUUCUUAUCCAUGGCGUCUGCGUUCGUUACUGUACCAAAGGCCUUCACUUUGAGCAAACCAAGCGUCCCUUCAGUCUCCACUCAGAGACUAUUCGGGUCGCCACGAAAUUCUCUGAGAAUCAAUGCAGUUGCCAGGAAAUGGGAACCCACAAAGGUUGUUCCCCAAGCUGACAGGGUUCUUAUCCGUCUUGAACAAUUACCCGAGAAAUCCCCAGGUGGAGUUUUGCUGCCAAAAUCAGCUGUUAAGUAUGAGAGGCAUCUAAUCGGAGAGAUUCUUUCUGUUGGUUCUGAGGUUGGACAUGUGGAGCCUGGGACCAAGGUUAUUUUCUCAGAUAUAAAUGCUUAUGAGGUUGAUCUGGGAACAGACACCAAGCACUGUUUCUGUAAAGAGAGUGACUUGUUGGCUACGGUUGAAUGAUCAGCAUUUUGUCAAGAUUUAGGAAAAGGCUCUACUCUACCUGAUUGAGAGUAACAUCUUGUAACUGAGUUGGUUUCCUUUACAAUACAUUUUCAAGGGGAAAAAGUAACAACAGUUAUUGUUGUAUUCUAUAAUAAUACUUGCAAAUUAUUGAUAUCUAGUAGUAAUGAUAUUGGCAUUCGUGCAGUGAUCUUUUACAUUUUGUCCAUUGUUUUCAAUUUUAAGAUUGGCACUAACAUUACUUUGAAAAAAAGGGAAAUGUGUACAUGCGACUGCAAGAACUUUUCCUACAUGAAAGUUGGUGUUCGAAACAAAACAAACAUAAAAAACAGUUAAGUCCUAAAAGGCGUAAUUCUAUCAUCCCUUCUUUGCGCUCUGGAGAAUACCAAGCAACAACCUUCCCAGAGCGUGCCUCAAAGAGUAACUUAGGCUGUAUAUCAGAUCCUCUACAAAUUGGGCUACCAAUGAUGAACAAAGCAGAAACUUUGAA